GGCAGCGGAGGCGGCGUCCGGGUGCGGCCAGGCGUCCCGGUCAUCGGGCAUCGGCCCCCGGAGCCGCUCCGCCUGAUUGGUGAGUUCCCCCGCUGGGCCCGGGGGAGGGGCCGGGCCGGUCGAAGCUGGGUCAUCCCGGCGGGCGGAGCGGCGAGGCCGAGUCCGGCCGAGGACCUCCCGACGGCCCGGUGGGACAGCGCUCCGGUCUGCCCGUCCGUCUGUCCGAAUGGCCAACCGGGCCGCGGCCGAAGGCGCCCUGCAGGUGUGCGGCCUGGCGCUCGGGGCCGUGGGCGCCGUGGGCGCCGUGGCCGUGACGCUCAUGCCCCAGUGGCGGGUGUCGGCCUUCAUCGGCGGCAACAUCGUGGUCUUCGAGACCUUGUGGGAGGGGCUGUGGAUGAGCUGCAUGCGGCACGCCAACGUCCGGAUGCAGUGCAAGGUGUACGACUCGCUGCUGGCCCUGCCCCCCGACCUGCAGGCCGCCCGCGGGCUCAUGUGCACCGCCUGCGCCCUGGCGCUGCUGGCCCUGGGGGCGGGCGCGCUGGGCGCGCGGUGCACCCGCUGCCUGGAGGCCACCCAGCCCGCCAAGGCCUACCUGCUGCCGGCCGCCGGCCUGGCCUUCGUGGCCGCCGGGCUGGCCGUGCUGAUCCCGGUGUGCUGGGCGGCCCACUCCGUCAUCCGGGACUUCUACGACCCCAUCGUGCCGGUGGCGACCAAGCGGGAGCUGGGGGACGCGCUCUACCUGGGCUGGGCGGUGGCCCUGAUCCUCCUGGCCGGAGGCGCCGCGUUCUGCUGCAGCUUCGGCCGUAGCGGCCGCCAAAGCUCCCGGUACUCGGCCCGGCCCCGCCCCGGGGCCCUCCGGAGCCACCGGUCGAGGAAGGCGACGAGCCUCCCUUCCAAGAGCCGGUACGUUUAGCGGGGCGGGGGCUGCUGCUUCGCCUGGAGGACGGCGGGGUCCGCCCCGAGGGCGCGGAGGCAUCGGAGGGUGCGUCCGCCUUGCCGCCUGAACUGGCCCCGCUUCUCCGGGAGCUCCGGGUACACCCAUCCUCUCCCUGCCGCCUCCGAGCCCCACUUUCAAGGACCCGGCUGCUCUCCCUGCCCCCUUUCAAUCAAUCGAAGAGCGCUUA